UCGAGUUGUACCUGGAUUAUGUAAAUAUCGAUCAAUCAUGCACCCGGUUUGUUAAUGACGCAAAUAAAGGUGGAAUGCUGCAUAUCAAAAAGAGAAUUUUGUUUGAUGUUUCAGAAUUGCUUCAUUGCUUCAUCCCGUAGAGAUACAGAAGAAAAGACACGGCAUAAAAAUGCAAUUUGGAAUAGCUUUAUGUGUUAUUAUAGUCGUCAUGGCGUCCAGUUUGACUGAAGGACGGCGUACCACACCAUCGACUCCUCUUAGAAAUGAAAUUGAGAGGACAGAACCGACAGAACGACUAUCACAAAUGAGAACUCUGGUUGGAACCUGUAAAGUCGAUAUUGGAACUUGUCCAAUUGGAUCCAGUUCAACAUUUCGAAAAAUUUCAGAGUUUUGUUCCGAUGAUGGAUACAUCUGCGCUGAAACAGAAACGCGAAUCAAAGACUGCGGACAGUUCGGAGGCAUAUCGUAUGAAUACGUUAAACGCUGUGGGUGUUGUAAAGAUACUGGUAUCGUUGUCACUGGUGUUGUUAAAGACCAAUCCACUAACGACCGAGUUGGAAAAACACUUGUCUUUUUUGACAUCCAAGAACGACCUAUAGCUACUGAUGUCAAUGGUACGUUCAGAACAACCAUUGAAUCGAGAGUCCGGCGGGUUGUCAUUAGAACAAAAAACAGAAAUUACCUGGAAGCCGUCAAGGUUGUUGAUAUACCAGAGGGUUUUAGAGGUCCGGUGGAAGUUGAACUGUUUGUCAUCAGGAAAUCUAACCCUGUGAAAUUUGAUUCAACUGUCAAUACAGUACUUUCUCUUUCAAAUAAUCCACUAGAUCUAAAAGCAGGUCGUACAUUUGUCGAAAUUCAAGCAAAUUCUUUCAUUAAUCGCCAAGGAAAGCCUUACAAAGGGAAUGUCAUAGCACGCAUUACAUUUAUUGAUACAGAAUAUAACCCUGAUACAGAAAUUAACUAUGACACUGUAGCUCCAGGCGUAUUUCAAACUGCAGUUAAGAAUUCGGUUGAACCUCUUAUCUCUGAAGGUGAAGUUUCCUUUAAUUUUGAAAGUGCUGAUGGAAAAGAAAUAAUCCUUUCAGCACCAGUGACAUUUACUGGACGAAAAGAUUAUAAAAGUCUGGAAGCUUAAUUCUUCAACCGGUUUAUGGGAACUUGUGAAACCCUCUCAAACAAGAGGUAAACGUCAGGUAUCUUUGGACGAGAUACUGAGCAUUGAUACUGACCGUUGGUACAAUAUUGACAAGAUCCCUGGCGCUCCAAGAUGCUACUUUAAAGGUAGAAUCUUUGAUGAAAUGAGUGGAUUAGAAAUUUCAAGCAGCAGUACUGCAACAUUUAGGCCAGAAAUAACUGCGUACACAUCCAUCGGACAGCGUUUGAGACUGUAUGCCGGAUACACAACUGAACCAAGUACAACAUGCUAUGAAGUGAGAUGCCCAAAAGUUAGUAAACCUGAUGAUAACCUUGCUGGUUUUAUCAGCAUGACUUCAACAGAAGUGAUUUCUAUUGGGGGAAUAAACUUUCCACUCGUUACCCAUCUUACUCCAAGAGUAUUUGCUGACUAUGACGCUGCUGUUAUACAGCCAAAACUUUCCGAUGUUCAGUACAAAAUUGCACCAAAUAAUUUGGACAUUUUCGUAAAUUUUGUUUCUGACAUUGCUGGUCCGUUUUACACCGACAGAAACAAAUGUGAAAGUUCAAGUGCCACACAGCCUGCUUUCCAUUUCUUUAAACCACAACUGCCUAGUUACGAGCCGGUUCCUGAUGAUGCCAAAAUUUGCACAGCAAGGAUUGCCUUUAAAGAUAGUUAUAACUUCUACAACUAUUUAUCAGUCUUAUCCUUUUUACCAAAUGUGACGGGAAUCAGUGUGUGGGAACAAAAAGGCUCGAAGUUCUACUACACAGACGCUGCACAAAUGAAACUGUCAACAAAUGGCAAAACACAAUUCGUUUUUAUUUGUCUUAAGUACAGAUGUAGUACAGACAACGAAUUCACCACUGUUAUUAUUGAUAUAGACAUCCCUGUCGACCGAAGACCAGAAUUUGGUUGUUCCGGAAAAAACACUGAAGAUUCUUCACCAAACUGAAAAGGUGACAUCGGUUCUAUUGAAGGUUUCUUUAAGGGGCCAGAAGAAGUCGGGGCUGGUCCAGAUUUCUACAACACGGAAGUCAACGAUUGCCAACAGGAGACGAAUGAUUCAAAAUUUGCAUAUGAGUUGUUUUGCUAAAGUAAAUAAGAAAACAAAAAUUCAUAAACUCACAGUUUUAUAUUUAAAAGAAGUGUCAAAAAUGCUAAUGAAAUGUUCUUUAACUCAAAUAUUUCAAUGUCAUUUGAAAUAAACUUUCUUUACUUGCAAGAAAAAA